UUUGUGCAUGUUAAGGGCCUUCCCGAGCGCAUAACACCUCACUUCCUGAACCACAGCGCAUCAUCCGUGACGAAUGAGGAAAGGUAUGCAUCCAUUCACGGGAUCACAAGUUGGAUCGCCACUCGUCGGUUGUAUGAUGCUCAAGCAUACGCUGCCUCAGAGUAGAUUUCCACCUCUCUUUUGCUAUACCAGUGUUGAAACUUUCUAGGAAACAGGGCCGCGUGGUGUUUCCCCUUGGUGGAUUGCAGCGGCACUUCUGACAAUCUCAGCUCCUCGUAGAUUCGCCGCUAUGCGCUGUCAGUGUGGAGCUCGCUACUACUUUUUCGGAGUAGUAACGAUACGGGAGAGUAGGGGGUCUGAGUUGUCCAAUCAACCGGAGCGAUGAAGCACGAAGAAGCCGCUGUGCGCCAUAGAACAGUUUUAGGUGGGGUGGCAAAGCUUAGUUGCAUAUUCCACGCCGUCCAUGAGGAUCUCAGGUAAGUGGGUCACUCACACACCCGCAAAUCAUGCCCUGAGUCCGCGAGCAAACAUAUGCAGCUUUCAGCUCGUGAACAUAACGCAAUUUCUGCCGUGCAGCGCCGCUAGAAACGAACCACCAACCGGCAUACGCUCCCACAUUUACACGAACAUGAAGUGACAGUCAUGAGAUGUGGCGGCGUUGUGCAUGAUUUGUGCGGCCGCACAUGAACCUGAAAGGAAGACAGACACUACCGUUUGUGCAUAUUCUUGGGGGGUGGGGGGGCCAAUGCGUGACACUCGUACUAAUCCAAUCACGCGCUACGUUAAAGUUUUGUUCACCGGAACACUCGCUACCCUUACAGAGUGGACUGAUAUUUCUAUGCGUGUGAAAUGGUUUGUCGCGCUUUACUUUGCCGCGCCUGUCUGCCGUUAUUGCUAGGUUCCUUUUCGUAGCAGAUGCUCAAAGAGCAAGGGCACACCUUGCAGCGCUCACCAGUUAUGUACAGCUUUAAGUUCCGCCCUGAUCAGAGUGGUGAUGAGAUGAAGCAGUGCAGCUGCCGUUUGCAUCUCUCUAACUGGCCCCAGUAUCCGUCACUGGUGGUGUCCAGUAGUCGGUAACCCCACGUAUUUAGGCUGAUUUUUGGAUGAAAACAACUUUUUCUUCAUGUUGAAGAAAAAUAAUGAGUACACUCUGUGCUACUGUUAUCUCAUUAUUCGGAGGUGUCCACGAGAACAAACUGCAGAGAAGCGCGCUCAAACGGAGUGGGGUCGCGCUCAACCGCCGAAAGAGUACACUGUACUCUCCUAAAAGGGUUGGUUAGGUUGGGGGUUGUGUUGCGCUUUGCGGCGAGUUGCAGCUGGACUGAUUUUCGGCCGUUUUGGCCACGAAGAUUAUGCGGAGCUCAGUUCUUAGCAUGGAAGGAGAUAAUGGGACAAUCUCCCAACGAACAAGACUAAAGCUUACAUGUUCAGGAAUAGGCAAAAGCGUUCAGGGAAAGGAUGUGCAACUUCGAGACACGGAGACGUCGCCUAACGUGACAUUCGUUCGUUAGAAGCGGCCGCGUCGAGGUGAGCAACCAGGAGAAACGAAGAAACGACGCGAAGGCGUCUGGCCCGUUGCUGUAUUUCACUUCGAAAAACGAUUGUGCAGGUCGGAUGCGUCGACGGGCUUGCCGUGGUCUGUCAUCGCCCUACUCUGUAAACGGUAAUAUGCGGGUCACCCUACUCAAUAUUGCCGUUGCGCACAUCGUCCCUAGCGCUGGCCAAGACUACAUCUCUUGCUGAGAAAGAGAGCCGUCGGUAUUCGUCUCUCGGGCUGCUUCGAAGACCAUGAAGGUACAUCCCUUCCAAAAUUCGCUUCGAGAGGACACUCCAGCAUCGCGGCUCCCGUAGUCGUCGGCAGUUGACAGUGGAACCUGUUUUCUCUACCUAUCACAAAAUGUUGAACUCGGAUACGCGGAAAUUCGGUGGCCGACGCGGCGGAUGAGGACGUUUUCCCAAGAUCACUGCUGCGCGAUUUGAAGAGUCGCUUUCAAUCCGCACAGUCAAUUUAUUGCCUCGAUCGUGAAACGCCGCUGCCAUUCGCCGCUGUUUUCAGCCAGCUGUACGAACACCGGAACGAAGCGGAAGACAAACGCCAACUGGGUACUCACAUGAAUGGACCUUAAGACGGCUCGGGGUGGAAAGAACACCGUAGACCGAGCAGGGACAGGAGCUUAUCUGCUGUGCGAGUGUGUCGCCAGGGCUCACUGCACUCGAUUGAAGUGCGACAUUUCUGUCGCGGUCAGGAUUCGUUCAACGCCCGAACGGGAUGCCAAAGGGGCCUUCUCCGGUUCGUUGCACGGCAGGAGUCGCGCGACAGCAGAUCGCUGAAAACGCCUUUCAUGUGUAAGGUGGUGCGUACUCUGCUCUCCGUGGCAGGCAUACAUAUACUGCUUCAGUUUCAGGCCCUUCAUUUCCGUCCACGAACAACAAGCCUAUUUAGGAGCAGCGUUUGCCGUCGCUCGCUUGUGAAGCUAUGGCCGAUCGGUUACCCACGACGCUCCGAGUACAGCCAGGUGUCCUGGUGGGUACUGUACGCCACAUCAGAAGAUCGACGCCCGCGUGUUCAUGAACAGUUCAGACGACAUACCCAGCACAGGCCCCUCGACCGCGUACAGGCACGAUGGCACUACCUCCGUGGCGGCUCGGGAUGCCGGGCUCUGGGCCGCUUCCUGCGGCCCCUGACCCUGCAGACAGAAUGUCCGCACAGCCUGGUCGCCAGCAACGAUGGCAAUCAGGCAAUUCGCGGACAGGUGCUCCAUGGAAGCAGAAUGACCGGCAGACCGGCUCUUCCUCAGAGUCGUCAACAUUGAUCCAAGACCUGGAGUCGUGGGGUCACAGCCUCCUGCCGCCGUGGGGCCGGCCGCAUACCGCGGGAGAUGCCGCCGACAGGAUGCAUGCAAACUCUAAUUCUGUGCCGCCGCCUUGGCAACGCGGCUCCUGUGACGCUGUUUCUGACGGGCCUGGUCCUCCUUGGCAGAGCCGAGCAGUAUGUGGCUCCGCAUCCCAUCAAACAGAGCCUCCGCAUCACAACAAGGAGCCAGUGCAUGCUGGAGCUUGCGAACGCUCUAGCGUGAAUGAAGGUCUUCUUGGACAACAUCCGCGGCGAGGACAGGAGCUGAGAGCGUUCGUCAGGAAUCGGCGAGGCGGAAGGGGAGACGAGGCAGACGGGAGUGGGUUUUUGGAAAGAGAAGACGGAGGAACCUACAGAGAGAGGCGAGGGGGAAGAGGGCAAGCUGUUUCAUCUUGGGAAGACUGCGAGUCUCAAAAUCCGCGUGAAAAUCACAGAGCACGGGAGGCAUAUCCCGAGGGAGGGCGCAGAAAACGGCAGGAGGCUUGGGGGCCAAGUGAUAACUGGGGAGGCAAGCGUCCUCGGGGUCUAGACCGAGCAGGCGAUGGCGAACCACGAAUUGAACCCGCUAGACGGGGUCAAAUUUAUGGUGGAUCUCACGGUAGACGCAGUCCCUCGCUUGAGAGCCAAAUAGGCGGACGACGAUCUGUGGAACAACAAUCACCAGAGCGACAAUCUCUAGGGCGAAUAUCACCUGGGCGACGAUCACGAGAAAAGCGUUCCCUAGGCCGUCGCCCUCACCCUUCUUUUUCACGCCCGGUCUCACACUGUUCACGAGGACGAAACCGCUGUGCUUUUUCAAGGGACGUGCGGGACCCUCCCGUGAGCUCCACGUCUCUUUCUGCCGUAGCGCCCUACGCCGACAGAGCCCAGACAGGCAACCCGGGUCUCAACGGAUCCCACGGAGGUGCGGGGUUCGCUCCCUCGCCGUCCGCUUCUCUUCCGGCUCCCCUCGUGGGUAUCCCAGGAGGUACUUCCCCAGCAGGGACUGUUUGGCCAGCCGCAGCGCCUGGAGGAGGCGCCUCGGGUGGGCUUAUCUCCUCAAUGCCCUCAGCAGCUGGUCAGGCUCCUUUUCCGGCCUCGGGUGUCUUUGAGCAUUCCAGUACGCCACGCGGCGACCCUCCUGGUAACCCUCCUUCGUGUUCGUUUCUCAUACCCCCCAACCAGCUAGCUGUGGCAAUGGUUCCAGCAGCUGGUCCGCCUCGCACUGCCGCUGUUGCGUUCCCCUCAGCACUUCCUGCCUGUUUUUGGGCGUUUCCGCCCACUGGAGCUCCUUUCCCUUUAGGCGAUCCUGGGGGCGUCGUGCCGGUCGCUGAUGUCAGUCAAAGCAGAUUCAAAGAGGGAGAACCGUCACCGCGCGUCCGGCGAGGUGAAGGCGAAGCACUCGUAGACACAGCAAGGGGCUUCAAGGGCCGACCUGGCGAUGGGAGACGCAGUCUGAGCUUCUCGCCGAGGCGGUAUUGUGACAGAGCGCCACAUAGUCAGGAGCCUAGAGAGCAGAGAGACGGAAGCAGGAGGGAACGACCUGGAAGGCGAGGCCGAGGACAAGGCCGGCGGGUCUCAGGCAGUUGGUUGAAACGCUGGGAAAACAGGGCGUCGAGCUCUUCGUUAGCGUUUCGUGAGGCGUUGCCGGGUCGCGAAGAGAGAAGAGUCUCUCGGGAUCGAAGACGCUCCAGUGACAGUCACCACUCUUUCGGAGGCCCUUGUGGCGGGCGAUAUGAAGGCCAGAGCCGGGGAGUCGCGCGUGGAGCCGGAUGCUUCGUUAGAGACAGGGAUGAGAGUCGAUGUGACCGACCAGGGUAUCCCAGGGGUGCCGACGACUCUGAGAAGCAUGCGAGUUUUUACUGCAGAGCGCUGGGGCGCGGCUGUGAAGACUUUCGGGGACUGUCACCCGAUUACAGAAGAGCAAACAGGGGAGACAGAAAGCCCGGACGAAGCGAUGGGGAAGACGAACGCGGCCGCGGAGAAGAACAGAUACCGUGGUACGCAAGGAGUUCGAGGCACGGCCCUUUGUCGCGACCCAGCGUCGGUCCUCGCCUUCUCCAACCCGCGCCACAGUUCAGCACCCAGAUUCCUGUUCUUCGAGAGGCAGCAAAAGAGGCGAUUCGCAGCGUCUUCCGGCGUUUUGCCACGUGCAUUGAAGCUGUCAUGGAUUCUGGGAGCCACGGCAAGAGUGGGAACGCUUCAGCCGCUGUGAAAGCAGCGGAAGUGGGAGGGGCGGGAAAGCCAACGGUCGAGAAAUGCAGAGACGCCGGGAGUGGCUUCGAGGUUUCGAAGAAAGAAGAGGAGGGUAGGGCGGAGGAUGCUGACGCCAGUCAAGGCCAGGGAGACGAGAGGAACCAAAGCUCUUCUCGAGAAGGCGAUGAAGUUGGAGGACUGCGAGAACCGUUGAAGCUGAACAGUGAGGAAGGGGAGGCACGUGAUUUUGCCAACGAGUCGGACAAGGCCGUCACUAACUCCGGACUCCACACGGAUGCCGGGAAACCUCUUGAUUCUUCAGAACAGGAAGCGGGACCUAAAGACCCGGGGAACCGCCAAGAGGACCAAAAUAUGCAAAAGACCGAAGCAGAGAAAACCACAGAACCGCCGCGAGAGAGUGGUCCGUUGGAAACUGUGAAGGCCGUAGAAAGGCAUGUGAGAAGUGGGCGAGAUCCGCCGAAACUUGCUCUCCUGAUUACGUCCCUUCCCAACAUCAGGCUUGCGCCUCUUCACCGCAUGAUCACAGCCCACUACAGAAUUCACGAUGCCGUCUCCUUCUUGCUUCUACUAGCGUCGUGCCCGUCGACAGGCCGGUGCCGGGGUUUUGGAGUCAUUUUGGCUUCGACAUCUGCAUGCGCCGAGAAAAUCCUUCGAGCGCCUCUCUUCACUUGGCGCGCAGCUGGCGGCGAUGGUCGCCCUGGUGGAUGCCUCAUUCCUCCUCGUUUUUCUUCUCGUCAUUCGUCUUCAUUCUCGACGGCUUGUUCUCUGUGCCUGCCCCCACGCGCUUCUUCCUCCUCGUCAACUUCACGUGUGCGCCCCGGAACAUCGCCAGAAGGACGCAUUUCUCUUGCUUGUCCGGGCGCCAGAAGGGACGCGAGGUGGCAGCUCGACAGCUCGGACCGCUCUUCUCUCUCCCGCUCAGCGUCCCUGCAUGCAGGCAAGCGUGGCGUUCGCAGUCCUCCCGUGCGUUCGUUCUCAAGAGCCGGAGAAGUCGCCAUGUGGAGUGACCCACGGUGGAGAGACGGAAGCACUCGGGGCGAGGCUCGUUUGUCUGCGGGAGGGCGAGAGAAGGCCCACGUGUCAGGAGGCGGAGGAAGAGGAGUUGAGUUCGAGAGAAAGAAGCAACCUCUUUGUGACAGAGCGGUGAAGUUGCAUGCACUUGUUUCGCCGACGCUGCAGUUCCAAUUCAACGCACGGGUCGCACAGCUGGUCACGCAGUCGACUUGGUCUCGCUCGUUUUUCUCGUCGUUGUGGACGCAACUCUUCAAGUGUCUUUUCGUUCCCCCUUUCGCUUUGUCGCUGACCUCGGCGGCAUGCGCGUCAAAACGCACUUGUUUUGAGGCGUCUUCGGAGACUUCUUUCUCCACUGGGGAGGACAAGAACAGCCUCCAUCGACUGUCUGAAGAGACGUCUGUUCAGGGGGACGGAUGUGUUCCAGAGAGAUCUAUUGGAGGCGAAAACGCAUUGCGGUCAGCUUCUUUCCAACAUGACCGACUAACCGUCUCUCGGCCUCCUCUCAGUCUUCAGUGCCAGAGCCUCGAGCAAGAAUGCUUAUCGGCUGCUGCAGUCGCGGCGUUGCUACACACUGGAGUCUACAUGACAUCGAAGCGGAUCUACGUGCACCUUCCGCAGGCGGCUUUGCGUCGGCUUUUCUCUCAAGAAGCGGGACGUUCUUUGGAUCCGCGGUUGGCGCCCGGCAAACCGAGAGCGAGUGCUUCACAGAGGAAGGAAUGCGACGAAGACAGCGGUAGGAGUGAGGAAAAGAGUGGAGACAUGGAAAUGGGCAACGCAGAUUCUUCUGAGACAACUGCGGUGUUUCCCCCUCUUGUUGCCUUGGAAGCAGCUGAGGGACUGGCAGUUCCGGUCCCUGUCAAACGGUGCGGCGAAACGGAACACACGCUAAUUGAUGUUGAAGUUGAGGGAAGCGGAAGUCGCGGGGAGAACGAGGUCAAGCGGGGUGCUUCCGAGGUAGCUGACAGAGAGGAAGAGAGGAAUGCAGUGGUGACAGAACCCAUAGGGAGUUCGACAGCCUGUACGAAUGGUGGAGACGAGCACGACAGCAGCUGCGGCGUGAGACGGCUACGAGGAGAAGCCGCAUUUGCAGCGAACGUGUUUGAGAUGAUUCGCCAAGAUCGGCGAGCCCCCAGCUUCACCAUAUCCGACGAAGACGGUGCUCACUACUCGAUUCAAUCGCUUGCAAAUCUCACAGACAACUGGUUCCCGUGGGACGUGAAAUCCGUCACACAUCUGGAAUCUCGAAGUGAAGUUUCUGACGCAGUCGCUAAUGCGUUGGAUGCUCUUUUUCGAUCGCUUGUCGAAGAACAAAUGUACCCUGUCGAGUACCUCGCCUUCGAGGGUGUCCACUUUGGAAACGCGUGGCUGACGCCUCCGCGCCUGCGUCCUGCUGUGACUCUGUCGGUCGCGUCUCCGGCUGACGACCCCUCGCGUGAGAUAGGCCAAAACAAGCCGCUUCGCUGGGGAGAGAACAUUGAAAAAGUCGUUUUGCCGCAUGCAUUGCUCGUUCGAGGCCUCCCGAACACCCCAGCCGAGGGAACGCAGCAGAGCCUCGAGAAAAUGCUCCUGGAACUUUGGGGACCCUGGCUACUCUCUCACGCAGGGGCAGCGGGCUCGGAGGACCACCGAACUUCUUCUGACGUUCCGUCGGAUGUUGUUUCAUCCUCGACUCGGAGUUCGUCGUUUCUUCGACCCCGAAAAGCCACGGAUACUCUUGAUCAGGAACUGUGGGGCUGGCAACUUUUCGACUUCCUGGAGACGCGCAUGCUGCGAGGCGAUGGAUUCCUUCUUCUUCCUUCGUGCCUACCAGCCGCAACUGCCCUCAAGCUUCUCGCCGUCUGUUCUCUGCCGCAGACUGAAGAGGGUCCGGAUUCGCCGGCUACGUCUCCGUUUUUGGAGGCCAAACGUCAUGGCGAGAGUUCUGGAUCAUCCGAGGAGCUUUCCCCUCUUUUACUUCCACUGACCUUCAGAGCGCCGUCUCCCUCUGCUCCACACGUUUUUUCGGUGCUUCCCUUCGAGGUGUCUUCCCAUCUAAAAGUGCGCGAUCUUUCUUUCCUCGCUUCUUUAAUCAAUAGCGUCCUGUGUCACCUCCUACAUCGAUGUGUCUCCUCGGCUUGUUGCUGCUGUUCUCAAAUUCAAGACGCCACUGGGCCCUUGGGGAGACGGAGGUGCUGCUGCUGUGUCCCAUGCAGAAUUGAUAAACUGUCAUUUUCGACGGGACAGGAAGGCGAGGGAGCUUCCGACGAGCAGGUGUCUCUGGAAUCUUUUAAAUCUCUUGUAUCCAGCAAGCCGGUGUCAGGCGAUCUCACAAGAGAAGGAAACCACGAGGUGGAUUUCUCUAUCCCCCACUCGAGUUCCUCCAACUGCGACGAACCGAGUUGCUCGACUUCCAGCUCAGAGCUUCCAGUGACAAGCUGCUCGUGCUGCUGUUGUGUAGAAGAGACUCGAGAUCCAACUAGCGAGGCAUCGACCGCGAGUGGAAGGCGGCCACACCGCAAGCAGCGGCGGAUUCCCCUGGGAACUGCUCAGGUGGCGCGUGGGUGGGUUGCGAGUUUGCCGCCUUUCCAGGUGCGUCCUGGCCUCCCGUUUGCCAUGCCGCAUGCACCUCUGAUAACAACAAAGGGGCGACGACAGCGGUUGAAUGGAGACGCAGCAGACGAAGAAGGUCGACUGAAUGAGGACCCCGUUCUCCCUCCCCCUGCGUGUGGCGCAGAGCACCUGAUCGAAAGUCUGUUCUUCUCCGUGGAAGCUUUUUUUCAGCAGAGUUUUCUCCAGCCCUUCUUCAGUCUUCGCACGGAAGAAGAGUGCAGAGUCUCUAGUGUAGCCGUGAACGAAGAGGAGGCGUUUGCAUGCGUAGACGACUCUGGUGAAGACAGCGAUUCCGUCACCGGCGAUGAGGAAGAGGGGGAGAUGGAGGACGAAGAGGAAACGAACGAUGUGUGGCACCUACAGAAACGGGAAAAUCGGUGGAGGCGCAUAGGUGCCGAGACGCUCGGCGUUCUGGCAGACCGCGAAGACAGAGGCGCGAGGAGCUUGUGGAGACACCUGGGGCUUACGGGCAGUCUGCCUGAACAGGUGUGUGGACAGACUGAAUUGGACGUCUGCUCGUCUUCUCAGACGUGUCUAUCCAACUCGAAGGGGCAGCCGAGGCCGAUGGGCGGAGAACCGCAGAGCCUAAGGAAAGAUGGAGAGAGCGUUUUGAAAGGGGCUGUGUUGGAGGCAGGAGGAGGGCGAGAGGAGAAUGUAGGGCGGAUGAAAACAGAGCGAGUGGCAGACCAGCCAGACGCAUUUGUGGAGGGAGACUGUUCUGAGGUUGUUGGCGAGAAGGACGAGCUGCACGCAGAGGGAAGGGGCAACGGCAGUGUGGCGAACCAAUACGAGGUGUCGGUAAAGAAAGAGACCGAGGGCGAAACAAGGCUGAGCCUUUCGAGGGAUGACGAUAAAGAGAGCGCUCCAAUGUCGCUGGACUCCGGACGUUCCAAUCUCUUGUCUUCCGCGUCACCCGCCGACAGAUUGGACGCGAGAGAGGGACGAGAAGCCAAGGAAAAGACUGUCCACAAAAAGAAGAAAUUACUCGUCCGCCUCGACGCUCGACCCAGUCUAGACGAUGCGCACUCUACCCGCGUUACUCCGGAAACGCUCGUCUCUCUCGAGGCUGAAGGCAAGUUCAGGUUCCUGCCACUCUCCAUUCUCUUCUUCACGCCGAAUUUCCGCUCAAACUUCGACCAGGGGUUUUUCCCUGCGCAUUACCAUCCAGAGCCGCCGGUGUCUUCUCAGGCUGCUGCAUGUCGCGCUCCCUUUUCACCUGCUUGCAACCAGUCGCAGGUGGCAGAUCCGUCUGGUUCACCGGGCCGAUUUUCAUCGAAAGACAACCGAAACCGGUCUGCUACACAUGCCGGCAUGGACGUAGAAGUCAGCAGCUCUCCGAACGGGAGUGUAGCGGCGUUAAAACGGAUGAAACUUCCAGAGAGGCGAAACGAAUCCUUAUAGUGAUGGUGGGAAAGGAAAACAGUGAGAAGACGCGAGUGUUUGUAGUACCCCUCGUACACCAACUCACGCAGUCAAAGGGAAACGAACGGAGUGCGAGGAAAACCUGAAUGUCACUGAUGCGGAGCCGCAACUUUCAACAUGCCUUACUGUUUAUAUUUUCUCUAAUAUGGGAGAACCUCUGGCGACAAAACACUGGAAUGAAGUGGACAGUGAAACCGCAGAAAUGGGGGGUGUGGCGAACGAGUGUGGAACUGAUGCAAAGAGGUCAGAUGACCUUCAAAUAGACUCUGAUCAUUCUCUCCCCUGUUAGUGGAGGGAAUCAAAACUAUGAGUGUGUUGGUGUUUUCAGUUUCAUGCUGAAGGACUGAGCGAGAGGCCGCUAUGUGCCACAGCUGAGGAAGGUGGUGUUACACGUAGAAACAGUGGAGAAGGAGCUGCUACAGGGAAUGCGAGUGUCGCGGAAUGACCGGAGAAAUUCGUAAAGUUCUCGUAAAUAGUAGCCUUUCAAAGAGCAGGGUGAUUGGAUAACCACUCGGGGUAGAGCACGAGAGAAAAGGAAGGAACCCGCGCAAGUGAAGGAAACGCAUCUUGGCGGGACAGCCGGAUGAGGUUGUGUACUUAUUAGCAGGGACGGUUAGAAGCCGGCGAAAGUAGGUGGGGGUUAGCAAAGACGACGGAGGUCUUUGACGAGGGAAGUAAUGCAACCUAAGGAGUCAUGGGAAUGUGGCAAAUCAAGCUGAGAUUUAUGAAGGUUCCGAGUUGGUCACAGAAAAUAAAGUAACAAUCAUGGAACACCGUAAGUUGUUGUCCGGUGACUGAGGACGACUCGAAUAUGUUAGAAGCAGCAAUAUGCGUAUGCGAGAAGAGCGCCUUUUCGAAAUGUGUCCUCAGGAAAAAGCUCUGGAUCAUGUCAGUUGGAUCCGUUGUUGUGGCAGCCUCUCGCAGACAAGCUGAAUGUCAUCAGGCGUGUCUCGGAAGCACUGUUUCUCGGGGAGCAACACAUUUACCUCCUUGUUUUGUGACAGCUGAUGGGUUCCAAACAGUGCUUGCCAACUGUCGUGAGGGCAGGUGGAUGUUCUUUUGUAUGUGGAUAUAUCAUAUCGACACUCUCCGCGUCACAGCAGCCGCGCAAGUCAGCGAACAGAAGUUGCUUGAUUGGAGCCAAGAACGCCGUUUUCAAAACAACAUUCAGGGCUGGGUCUCGUCGCAUCUCUGUUGGGAGCUCUCUAGGUCCGUGGUAACCGUCGAAAAUUCGCCGAAGGUUCCAGGUUCUUUGAACGUUGCACGAACGUUGGCUAUUGGUGAACCACUGCCCCUCCGCCUCAGUGGCAUGAAACGAUCAAGCGCAUCGGGUGGUUUAAGCAGGCGGUUCAUAACAGGUGCAUGGCAGACGUUUCUGCAAGGAACUCGCACGAAUUAUCCCGCGAAACUCUGCCUACUUUUGUACCACAGAUAAACCCACAUCCGUUUAGCAAAUAGCAUUCUGGCUACUCCUCAGACUGCUUGAUUCUGUGCUGGUCGUAUCCGACUUUCUGGUGAAGGCAGUGACGCUGAACUCAGAAUGGAUUGACGGCUUGACCGAUAUAGAAGAAAUGCCUUCAGACGCUGGCUUGCAGCGGUGAACUGAUGGAUAACUGUCCGGAAGACGGUAAGUCAAGCCGUGUAUAACCAAGCUAGUUGAUACAACUGGAAGAUGAGUAUUGGAAAUUGUGCGUUCUCGUAUCCACGAGCUUAGUUAGCGCGUGGAUGGCACCCGUUAAUGGUGCUUAUAGGGCCACUUUGUAGGAUGCAAAAGCAGAGGAGGGUGGUUGUAGUGCCCCAUACAAUGGGAAAGGCUUUUUCGUUACGUCGUACGGCUUCCUUUCGUGGUCGGAACAUUCUGCACAGGUAUGUUGUCAUUCAAUUCUUGGUUAAUUCUGGUCGAAAUAAUCACUAGUCUGUUGCUCG